UUGGCGCGAAAUAAAUCACUGAAGCCACUCUGCUCUGCCUUAACGUUGUUUUCAGUAAAUCAAGGCAAGAAAUCCAGUAAAUUUUAAUCAAAAUGGGCCAGUUGAUGACAUCGACCAUAAAGACAAUCUACAACACUUUGUAUUCAUGUAAGGAAAGUCUACCAAAGUCCGUUAUGUUUAGUAAAAUGAGCGAGAAUGCAAUGACGCCGACACGAGGCUCGUGUGGUGCAGCAGGUUAUGAUUUGUAUGCUGCUUACGAUGCUCAAAUACCAGCCCAAGGAAAGGCUCUUGUAAAAACUGAUAUAGCUGUUGCACUACCUGAAGGAUGGUAUGGCCGUGUGGCACCAAGAUCUGGUUUAUCAUGGAAACAUCAUCUUGAUGUUGGUGCAGGUGUCAUUGACUCUGAUUAUCGUGGUAAUGUUGGUGUUAUUCUGUUUAAUCUGAGCCAUUCAGAUUAUGAAGUGAAAGGAGGAGACAGGAUAGCUCAGCUCAUUAUUCAAAGAAUAUGUACACCCGAACUAAAGGAGGUCAAGAAUCUUGAUCAGACCAUUCGAGGAGAUGGGGGUUAUGGCUCUACAGGUCGAAACUAGUGUUAUGAAUGAUCAAAUUGAUACUCUAUGAUUGUAUAUUGGCAUGUUUAGAAGUAAUUUACAUAAAUGUUCGAAAGCUUUUCAGUUUUGGCAUAGAUACCACCAUAAUCAAUCAUUACAAACAAUCAGCUUUGACUGCAUUUCAUACAAAAUUUAUGGAAUUUUACAUAUAUAUAUAAAAAUUUUAUUUUUUUGUUAUCAUGUUAGGAAAAUAAGUUUGAAAAGAACAGUUGUUUGAUAUUAACAGAAAAAUGGAAAUAUAAGAUGAUGUUUUUUUCUUGGGUUA